ACCCCAGGCACGGUAUACCACGCUAGCGAUGUGCAGCACGUCCACAGCCUGGUACGCAAGUACAUGCGGUAUUCAACAGCAGCCACAUCGUUCGUGGACUUUGAUGAGGGCUGGGCAUCCUGCGGCAUAGCGUGCAACAGCCCUGACGUGCGCACAGUAAUGCUGAAUGUUACGUGGCACAUUGACUUUCCGCUCAGCGAUGGGUUUGUUGCGCUGCACCACCAGGACCGCGAAAUUGUCGUCUCCUGGGCUGGCACGCACCGGUACCGGGCGCUGCUGAUGGACAUGGCAUUCUUCACUUUGCCCUACAUAGAAGGCGAAAGCAUGAAUGUGCACAGCGGGUUUCUCGAGUCCGUCCGUGGGAUGAUCGGCCCCGUCAAGCAGCACUUGGAGGUUCUGAUGGACGAGUUUCCCGAUUACAUGGUGGUGGUCACUGGGCACUCAAAAGGGGGAGCUGAAGCCGCGCUGUGCGCGCUGGACCUUGUGCGGCAGAUUAGCGGGCUGCGCCAGCGGCUGCGUGUCUGGACGUUCGGGCAGCCGCGCGUCGGCGAUGCAGCAUUUGCACACUACUAUAACCGGAUUCUCGGUGGCAUCACGUUCCGUGUAACCGGCGUCGCCGAUCCAGUUGUGGCUCUCUGGAUCAUGAAUAACGACGGCGACAUCUAUGUGGCCCAGAACACGACGGAGUGCGAGGACCCGGCGGGCAGCCAGUCGGUGCCGUUUUUCCUGCGAACAAUCCAGUCUCACAAGGACUACUUGGGACUGCCGCCUCCUGACCAUGCCGAUGCAGAGUUCAGCUGGUAGAGGUCGGUGUUCCUCCCCCUUUGGAGGAAAUCCGUGCGACCAUGGAGCUACAUGGUUCGGGGAAGGAGAGAAGAGGUCCGUGGAAAUGAUCUCCGGUGGGGCGUG